CGCCUUUCUGCCCUAAUUAUCAGAAACAACGCGAGCAAAACGGAAUAAUAAAGACUACAACUCCCACAAUGCCCUGCGAACACCGGUGACGUGGCCAGCGUUACCCAACAGACCGGGGCGAUUUGAACUUCAUCUGGAUCCCAUAAUUUUACAUCACGAUGUCCGGGAAAAUCAAAAGCAGGAGUGCUGCCAAUGCCGACUCCGUGUCUGGCAGUGUGUCUUGCGACGAGCGCAUCUUACGGGACUGCCAUCAGAUGUACAUAAAUCCGGAAAGCGGACUUAUAGCAAUCGCUCAAACUGUUGGGGUGACCUUGCUGCCUCCCCGGAAAAAGAUAACUGUGAUGUUGAUGGGGAACCACUCAGCUGGAAAGAGCAGCUUUAUCAAUUGGUAUGUGGAGGAGCAUAUACAAAGGACAGGGGUCGCUAUAGAGACACAGGGCUUCAGCUUUGUUACCAGUGGGCGAAAGAGGGAAUCGCUCACUGGAAAUGCUACGCUCCAUCUCUAUCCGCACUUCAAACCACUGCAAGACUUUAAAGGUGUGUCAGAAUACCUCGGCACUGAGAUUUGCACUUCACGACAGAAACGUUUCAGCUUGGUGACUUUUGUUGAUAGUCCUGGUCUGGUGGAUGGAGAUAUGAAAUACCCCUUUGACGUGGACCAAGCGAUUCUGUGGCUCGGUGAGCUCUGUGACCUGAUCCUGGUCUUCUUUGACCCAAUGGGACAGGCUUUAUGCAAGCGAACACUCAGCAUUGUAGAGAAACUGAAUGACAAGCAAGGGGACCGUCUUCGUUUUUAUCUCAGUAAAGCUGAUGAGGCUGGAGGAGAGUCUGAUCGACAAAGAGUUAUGAUGCAGAUUGUGCAGGAGCUUUGCAAACGUCCGGGACUCAACAAGUGUGGCUUUGACAUGCCCACCAUCUACGUUCCCAACCCUAAUAAGCCCAGCCGAUGUGUCAAUCAGAUUGACGAGGUGUGUCGGACUAUAGAAAAGACCAUUAACCAGACUGUGCAGAACACGCUUAACUCAUUGGAGAAGGACUGUAACCUCAUCACUGAGGCCAUCACUGAGACACUUGAUAAUGACAGGCACUGCAGUAUAGAGAACCGUCGAGCACGUUUUAAGGGUUGUUUGCUGGGCAUGCUGGGUUUCACUGUGCCUCUGCUGCUGCUCGUCAUCCUGGUGCUUGGCAGCCUCUCCAGAGAUGUACUGGUGCUCAUGCUGGGUAAUAACGGCACAGAGGCACUCUCACUAUAUGUGGCUCCUGCAGUGAAGGCGUUUGAGUCCCUGUCAGUGGAAGUGCAGCUGUACAGUUGUGCUGGACUGGUGCUGUUGUCCUUCAUCUUUCUCCUCCUUUCGCGCUUCUCUUUCAGGACUAAACCAACACUCUCUGGGAAACAAAAGAGACAGCUUCAGGAAAAACUGGAGUAUGUCCAAGAGGUGGUCAAGACCAAAAAGAAAAAUCUCUAUGAGGAGUACCUGCGUCAGAGUGUGGGUGAUCAGGACAUGAACUGAGAGGGAAUCUACACUUCAAGGAUCUGGAUGGGAAGAACACAGCUCCCAGAAGUACCACUAAACUGCAUCUAAUCAUUCCUGUAAUGUUGUUGACACAGAUGAGCUAUUUUAUGGGCACUUAGUUACACACUACUGCUCCUGGAAGCUCUGUCUUCCAGCAUUAAAUAAUGGAGCUGUGGACAAAUAUUGUUUUAUUUUUUUUUUUUUAGUCUCAUUGCAAUAAAACAAUUGUACUGUAAAGGUUAAUUGAAGGGCCACGUCAUGAGAUUGGACCUAAUGCUCUGAAAUAUCAUGUUGUGCAUUAGCAGUUUUUAAAGUCAUUCUCCUUUUCUCUGAUUUGUACCUAAAAUACUUAUUGUAUUGUAUGGUAAAUUACCACAAUGACUGAAGAAUAAGGAGCCCUUCAUAUAUGGCAUGAGAUUCUAAUGACAUCUAGUAUUUAUUCACAUCAUUGUCAAUUUUAAUAGAAAUAUUGAAGCUGGCUUUUGUAUACCAUGGUUUCCUACAUUUUUAUGUCAACUUAUUGCUGUUACAAUAAUAAAAUAUUAUAAAUUUA